GAGAGAGAGCAAACAAGAUGUGUAGGCUUUGUCUAAAGCGAAACUACAGGGAGGAGGAGGAGGAGACAGACAUUUUGCCUGUCAGAGAGUGAAAAGAGAAGCACAGGGCCAACAACAGACAACUGUGGCUGUAAAAAAGACAUUUAAGUGCUUCCUAAAUCACGGGGAGAGAGGAGCCGUCCUGCUGUCAGACACACAAAGAAAGAGACAAAUUCAGAGCAUGAGCGCGAGCAGCGAAGCCACAGCUUGGGCUGAUUAUUGAUUGUUACUAAAAACUGAGUGCUUUACCUGCCUGGAACAGUACGGACUGGAGAAUAGCCUCCAGUGAAGGAGGGAGGGAGGGAGGGAGGGAGGGAGGGAGGGAAGGAAGGGUUGACCAGUAAGAAAGAGUGAGAGGCAGAGCGGGGAGCAAGUUCCCUUCCUCCGUCUCGACCCGUCUCGUCGUCAGGCUGGCUGGGACAGCCAUGGCGUUCACCUUUGCGGCCUUCUGCUACAUGCUCACCUUGGUACUGUGCGCCGCCCUCAUCUUUUUUGUCAUCUGGCAGAUCAUCGCGUUUGAUGAGCUGCGCACAGACUUCAAAAACCCCAUUGAUCAGAGCAAUCCCACCAGAGCGAGGGAGCGGAUCCUCAACAUUGAAAGGAUCUGCAACCUGCUUCGCAGGCUGGUGGUCCCGGAGUAUUCCAUCCACGGACUCUUCUGUCUGAUGUUCAUGUGCGCUGGAGAGUGGGUCACGCUCGGCCUGAACAUCCCGCUGCUCUUCUACCAUCUGUGGAGGUUUUUCCAUCGGCCGGCCGACGGGUCGGAGGUCAUGUACGAUCCCGUCAGCGUGAUGAACGCCGACAUUCUCAACUACUGCCAGAAGGAGUCCUGGUGCAAGCUGGGCUUCUAUCUGCUCUCCUUCUUCUAUUAUCUCUACAGUAUGGUCUACGCCUUGGUGAGCUUCUAACAAAGAGAAGAUCUGAAGAAACAAGAGGAAAGUUCAGUAAGAAAGGCACGGAGGAGCACGUGAAGACAUGAACGCUUCUUCUCCACAAACCUUCUUGCCAUUCUGACCUCGGACAAGAGGAAAAACCUGAGUGAAUGUGAACGUAAAGGUGUUGCCUCAGUUUGAUUGUAUCACCUUAUCCCAGAUACUGUUGUUGGACGACGUUUUUGAACGGACGCAGGUGUUUUGUGUUGCCUUUGACCCAUGAAACAACUUAACAAUAUUUCUGAAGGGCUGGAUUUCCCCCUCCCCGCGCUGCUCUUACUGAUCCAGUCGCUCAUCUCACUGUGAAUCUCCAAACACUUAGGGGCUGGAAGACAGAAAA